GAUUUGGAUCUCUUGGGUUGAUGACCUCAGUGUUAAUGUGCCCAGAUGGUAGGACUUUGGAAGCGGAAGCAGCACAUGGCACUGUGACGCGUCAUUACCGCGAGCAUCAGGCAGGCCGGCCUACCAGUACUAAUCCGAUUGCCAGUGUGUUUGCAUGGACGCGCGGGCUCUCUCAUCGCGCUCUGCUUGAUGAUAACCGAGAUUUGAACAGGUUUUGUCGACGACUGGAAGCAGCUUGCAUAGAAACAGUUGAGGCUGGACAUAUGACUAAGGACCUAGCAAAUUGUAUUCAUGGUGCCGAUCGGCUACGCCCUGAGCACUAUUUAACUACUUCCGACUUUCUCGAUGCCGUUGCUGAUCGAAUUGCCAAGUAA